AUGCAGUUCACUCUCUCAACCAUUGUCCAGCUGGCUCUCUGCGCCUCUGCCCUGGCUGCUCCAGCUCCUCAAGCCACUGCUCCUCCCAAUGCCAACGUUCCUCCCUCCACGACCGUUGAUCUGACCGGUCAGAAGGGAACCGAUGGAAAGUUCACCGUCGCGCCCGCCCCAGAGGACCAAACCUCCGAGGCCCUCCAGAAGCGCGUGGCCCCGGUCGUGGUCGUCGCCGGCAUCGCCGCCGUCAAGGGCGCCGCCAUCCUGACCAAGAUCGCCGUCGAGAUCGGCGCCGACACCAUCAAGAACCUCGGCAAGUGGAACCAGGCCCGCGAGGACUUCUCCAAGAAGACGACGGCCGAGAUGUGGGCCCGGAACCCGGACUACCAGAAGUUCCCCGCCGCCAUCUGCUACAACAAGGGCUACAAGCUGCAGAACCCCGCCGGCAUGGACGGGCUGGUGUCGGCGAAGCUGGAGCUGGGUCAGCUCAACACUGACUACGACUGCAUGUACAUGACUGCGAACAACCAGUUCUACACCCAGGGUGACGGUGGCUUCAUCAACUUGAGCUACACUUACAGCAGCCGCUGUACAUUUGACCAGGGUACCGGCGAUCUGACCUGCGGCGCUUAG